UUCCUCAGGCGAUUGCAAACAGCUAGCAGCACAAUGAGGCUGGCGGUGGUGGCCCUGGCCACGGCCCUCAUCCUGGCGCCCUCCCUGGGCAGACCUCACGUCAGCAGCUUCUCCUCAAGUAGUUUUGGAGGAGGCGGAGGACACGGUGGAGGCACGGCUGUCAGCACUGGUUCCAGUGGAGGCUACGGUGGAGGAGGAUCAGGUGGAGGAGGCUCUGGUGGAGGCUACGGUGGAGGAGGAUCAGGUGGAGGAGGCUCUAGUGGAGGCUACGGUGGAGGAGGAUCAAGUGGAGGAGGCUCCGGUGGAGGCUACGGUGGAGGAGGAUCAGGUGGAGGAGGUUCUGGUGGAGGCUACGAUGGAGGAGGGUCAGGAGGAGGAGGCUCCGGUGCAGGCUACGGUGGAGGAGGAUCUGGUGGAGGAGGAUCCGGUGGAGGCUACGGUGGAGGAGGAUCUGGUGGAGGAGGCUCCGGUGGAGGCUACGGUGGAGGAGGAUCUGGUGGAGGAGGCUCCGGUGGAGGCUACAGUGGAGGAUCAAGUGGAGGAGGAUCCGGUGGAGGCUACGGUGGAGAAUCAAGUGGAGGAGGAUCCGGUGGAGGCUACGGUGGAGGAGGAUCUGGUGGAGGAGGCUCCGGUGGAGGCUACGGUGGAGGAGGAUCAGGUGGAGGAGGCUCCGGUGGAGGCCACGGUGGAGGAGGAUCAGGUGGAGGAGGCUCCGGUGGAGGCUACGGUGGUGGAUCAGGUGGAGGAGGCUCUGGUGGAGGCUACGGUGGAGGAGGAUCAGGUGGAGGAGGCUCCGGUGGAGGCUACGGCGGUGGAUCAGGUGGAGGAGGCUCUGGUGGAGGUGGAGGAGGAUCAGGCGGAGGAGGCUCCGGUGGAGGCUACGGUGGUGGAUCAGGCGGAGGAGGCUCUGGUGGAGGCUACGGUGGAGGAGGAUCAGGUGGAGGAGGCUCCGGUGGAGGCUACGGUGGUGGAUCAGGUGGAGGAGGAUCUGGUGGAGGUUACGGUGGAGGAGGAUCAAGUGGAGGAGGCUCCGGUGGAGGAGGAUCAGGUGGAGGAGGCUCCGGUGGAGGCUACGGUGGUGGAUCUGGUGGAGGAGGCUCUGGUGGAGGCUACGGUGGAGGAGGAUCAAGUGGAGGAGGCUCCGGUGGAGGCUACGGUGGAGGAGGAUCAGGUGGAGGAGGCUCCGGUGGAGGCUACGGUGGUGGAUCUGGUGGAGGAGGCUCUGGUGGAGGCUACGGUGGAGGAGGAUCAAGUGGAGGAGGCUCCGGUGGAGGCUACGGUGGAGGAGGAUCAGGUGGAGGAGGCUCCGGUGGAGGCUACGGUGGAGGAGGAUCAAGUGGAGGAGGCUCCGGUGGAGGCUACGGUGGUGGAUCUGGUGGAGGAGGCUCUGGUGGAGGCUACGGUGGAGGAGGAUCAAGUGGAGGAGGCUCUGGUGGAGGCUACGGUGGAGGAGGAUCAGGUGGAGGAGGCUCCGGUGGAGGCUACGGUGGUGGAUCUGGUGGAGGAGGCUCUGGUGGAGGCUACGGUGGAGGAGGAUCAGGUGGAGGAGGCUCCGGUGGAGGCUACGGUGGUGGAUCUGGUGGAGGAGGCUCUGGUGGAGGAUACGGUGGAGGAGGAUCAGGUGGAGGAGGCUCCGGUGGAGGCUACGGUGGUGGAUCUGAUGGAGGAGGCUCUGGUGGAGGCUACGGUGGAGGAGGAUCAAGUGGAGGAGGCUCCGGUGGAGGCUACGGUGGAGGAUCAAGUGGAGGAGGAUCAGGUGGAGGCUACGGUGGAGGAGGAUCUGGUGGAGGAGGAUCCGGUGGAGGCUACGGUGGAGGAGGAUCUGGUGGAGGAGGCUCCGCUGGAGGCUACGGCGGAGGAGGAUCAGGUGGAGGAGGCUCCGGUGGAGGCUACGGUGGAGGAUCUGGUGGAGGAGGCUCCGGUGGAGGCUACGGUGGAGGAGGAUCAGGAGGAGGCUCUGGUGGAGGCUACGGUGGAGGAUCUGGUGGAGGAAAUGGAGGAAGAAAUGGAUACGAAGCCAAAGCCACUGUGAGCUUCAACUUGAAAAGAAAGACUGGGGGAGGUGGAGGCUCCGGUGGAUCGCGCGGCUACGGCAAGUGAUCCUCAGGGAAUGUCAACCCAAACACCAACAAGGAAAUCUAAAAACGAUAAUGAAGGAUGAAGAUAAUGAUGGUAAUGAAAAAAGAAUAUAAUCCUUCCUUACACACACACACACACACACACACACACACACACACACACACACACACACACACACACACACACACACACACACACAUACACACACACAAACAUACAGAUACUCCAAUAUCCUUGAUGAUCCUGUUCUUGUACAUAUAGUUACGAAUUACUGUGUAUAUCUGUUGGCUAAAUACAUUUUAUUCAUUUAC